AUGGGAUCGCGUGAGGGAGAGACGAGUUACCAACCAACUGAGGAAAUAGUAACGACUCAUGAAGAGAGGGAGGAAAAAGAAGGUCAGGAAAGAGAAGCUAAGCGGAUGGAAGAGGCAAUCUCCGCCACUAAAUCGUCAACAUCAACCCCUGUCCUGCUUGGGCAAGAAUUCUUUGAGCACAUGGAAAGGAUGCCUGAGGAUAGAGCAGCAAACUUAGCACAACAAAAUGAGUUUUUCAGUCGUUUGAUACGUGAGAAUAAUGGAGGUAUCAGAAAUGGAGGGCCAAAAGGAGUGAGUCUUACGGAAUUCCUACAAACCAAUCCACUGACUUUUGCUACCGCACCAGAACCUAUGGAUGCGGAUGAUUGGUUGAGGGACACUGAGCGGAAAUUAAAUACAGUUCGGUGUAAUGAUGAAGAGAAGGUUAGAUAUGCCACCUAUCUACUAUCAGGACUAGCAGCGUUAUGGUGGGAUAACAUGAUUCUAAUUCAACCUUCGGGACAUGUUUUCACGUGGGAUGAGUUUAAGAAGAAGUUCCGAGAAGCCCAGGUUCCUGAAAGUAUCAUGGAACUAAAGAGAAGAGAGUUCGAGACCUUGAAGCAGAAUGACUUGUCGGUAUGGAAAUAUCUAGUAGAGUUUGAUCGUUUAUCACGUUAUGCAGCAGAGGAUGUAAACACAGAGGAGAAAAGGAUAAAAAAGUUCUUAAAAGGGAUGAAUCCAUUCCUGAAAAUGCAGUUGAAUCUAACCAAAUGCACAAGGUUCCACGAGCUAGUGGAUACUGCACUUACUUUGGAGAAUGAUUAUGAAGAAGUGCAGAAUGAAAGAAAACGGAAGGCAAGGUUGGAACCACAACCAAUUCAGAUACAACAAACUCAGUCAGAGAUGAAUUUCCAAACUAGAGAUGAGACAAUCACACCAUUUUAUAGUCAAGUUCGAUGCCAUAACUGUGCAAGAAAAGGUCACUAUGCCAAGGAUUGCCCGCAAUAG